GUACCUGGGUCUCUCUCUCUCUCUCUCUCUCUCUCUCUCUCCUAAAUGUCCUUAAAUCACGAAAAAAUUCCUUGUAGCUCACCAUCUCUCUCUCUCUCUCUCCUAAAUGUCCUUAAGUCACGAAAAAAUUCCUUGUAGCUCACCAUCUCCUUUCUCUCUCCUCCUAAAAUACUUAUGCAAUUACUGUGUGUCUUCUUCAAUUAGAAACCUCCCAUAAAAGUUGGAAUCUUCAAAAUUCCACUUGGGUUCUUUUUCUCUCACCCCACUGUAUAAAUAAACUCCACGGUCGCACAUCAAUCGGGCAUCCGUUACAAAAAUGGCUCUUAAAUUCCACGAGCGAGAGAGGUUGCUCAACGACGACGACGAUUUCUCGGCGAAUCGGAUCAGCAUCACCAAGAACGGGUCGAGUACCGACUUGAUUUCAAACGUGUUUGGUUCGUCCGGGUCUUCUUCGUUUUCGGGUUUGAGCUCAGCGUUUGGAUCGGAGCUAAGUUCUACUGAAACAGAGAGCGAGGAGGAGGAGGAGGGGGACGACGAGUUCAUAGCUGAGUUGACUCGGAAGAUGGCCGACUACAUGCUCGAAGAAGAUGACGGAGAAGCGCUCGAUACACCCACGGAGCACCAUGGUGAGAAACUUCAGAGCACACUCAGUAGAGGACCCACUUCUGUCCCUAAGCAUAACUUUCCAGCUUCUUCGGAUGAUCAUUCACGAGCUGUUCAUGUUUAUAAUCUGGAGAACCAACCGUCGGUGAAACACGGAGGAGGCACUCUGAGUUGGGCAGGACGAGUGAAGGGGGCCGAUUUAACUCAGCAAGUCGAGCAAAAGCAUAAAAAACCACGCAACGUGCAAAACAGAGGUAAAAGAUCAGCUGAAGCCGGAGGUGGUGGUUUCUGGUCACCGGCGGCGGGAGCUUGGCCAACGCUGCAACAAAGUCGGCAGUUACAUAAACAGAAACAGCAAGUGCGUUCGGGUUCGGGUUCGGGCAUGAGUGCCGUUUUUCUUGGAGGAUCCGGUUCAAGAAGUACUACUGGAUCUUGUGGUACAGGUGUGUUCUUGCCGCGUGCAAUUAGCAACCCGCCCGAGGUCCGCAAAAAAUCAGAAUGCUCGACGGUUCUUAUCCCUGCAAGAGUAAUCCAGGCCCUACAACUCCACUUCGAAGACAUGAAUGCUCGGUCUCAGUCCAAAGGUUUUGCUAGUUUCGCAAGCCACCCAUCUCAACAUGAUGUUGCGAAGGCACAGGCCACAAAUCCGAAUGUGGACCAUAACGAGAUGGAUCUUCCUCAGGAAUGGACAUAUUGACUCCACCAAAUCAUGCAUUAUAUCAUCCUCGGGUUAAUUUUAAUGUCUGUUUUUAGUAUAGAAGCUUCACCAUUGAUUCAAAGGAAAGAAUCAAUAAAAAAAUAAA